AUGCAGUUGGGAUGCUUCCAAGCUUGCAGCAGCAGGCAAGCCCUGCUGCUGCACAUGCAACAGAGGCAGCAACAGCAACAGCAGCAACGGCAACAGCAGCAGCAGCAACAGCUGCAGCUCAAGGCACUCCGUGAAGCGCGCCGACAACGGAGCGGGGUGCGCCGCAGAGGCUACCGAGACAUCCUCACCAGAUGCAGCAGCAGCAGCAGAGGCAGCAGCAGCAGCAGAAGCAGAAGCAGAGCCACCAGGCUAUGUAUGACCUGCAAGGCGUUUUUUGAGGGGCUGUGGGGCUUGGAGUCGCUUUGGAGAGAAAAAACGAAAACUGCGUUCAAACAAAUCCCAAAACCCGCACUCUACGGAGGCUCCUGGAAACGGGUUUUUUUUGAAGCCCCUCGUUUGCGAUUAGAUGGCAUUUAUAUCAGUAAAUGCGUUUAUCUCCGGCGGGUGCGGGACUUAGGCAAUAUACACCUGGACGACCGCCGCCGCAGGACGCUGCAGCAGCUGCAGCAGCAGCUGCAGCAGCAACUGCUGCAGCCCACAGGGGCCCCCAUUAGCCAGGAGCUUAUUAACAACCUUGCAGCAAACUCUCCAGUCAUUGCCGUCACCUAUUACCGCUAUCUCCGCUUCCUACCCAACAACAAGGUCCUCGUCCUUAGGUCGGAGGCGGACAAACAAAUGGCAGUGACGGCGCUGAAAUGUGUACAGGCGCGCCUAGAGGGGAGAUCAAGCGAGUGCUACAAGGCGGCAUUCGCGCCCAGCAGGGCCCCCGCCCUUUUGGGGGCCCCCCUUCCUGAUCAGGUGGUGGUUGGUUCCUUUUGCUUCGACUCAGCUGCAAACACCGUCACUGUUGAAUAUCCCGGAAAGGCUUCAGCACCCUCUUUCCCUGUUGCUUCUGCGGCUGCUGCUUCUGGAGGCGCUGCUGCUGCUGCUGGGGGGGCAGCAGCAGCAAACGGAAGGGCCUCGCAACCCCCAAGGGCGGGAGGGAGGGGGGGCCCCCUGUUCACCAGCAGAGAAUCAGAAAGAGGCAGUGAUCGAUCUGCUUCUGAACCAAGUCGGGGCCCUUCGAUGCAGCCGCCCACAGGGGGGCCUCCUCCCCCGCUUCACACCGCUGUGCUGCAGCUGACGCAUGUUAAGGGAGGACGCUGGAAUUCGAAACUCAAGUGGAUAAGUUUGUCGGUUACGUCUAAUACCCGUCACGGGCCUGAUGAGUCCUUCAUAGACGUCGAGAAUGAAAACUUCAGGCAAUGCAACAGACGAACCCUAAAUAAACCCUUGAGUCUAGCUUUACAGUGUACAGACGGCUCAGUCCAGAGAGAAAAUAAACACUGCAUUCGCAAGGAGAGAAGGCCCACUGCUGCUGCAGCAGCAGCUGCUGCAGCAGCAGCAGCAGAAGCUGCGGCAGCAGCAACAGAAACUGCAGGUGGUCUGUUGCCGCUGCACUGUCGCAUGCUACUGCAACAGCAGCAGCAGAUGCAGCAGCAAAUGCAGCAGCAAAUGCAGCAGCAAAUGAAGUCCAACUCUGACGGGCUUCUGGUUGCUUCUGGGGCCCCUCCCUUGAAGAAGCAGAAGCUGCUGCAACACAAGGCAACUACUAUCAUCUCUACCAGCAGCAGCCGCAGCAGCAGCCGCAGCAGCAAAUGCAGCAGCAGCACCAGCAGUAAGGCAAAGAGCCCCUUUGCCCCGGCCUCAACGCUGAAGUCCUCAGGCAGCAGUGCGGCCGCAGCAAGCGGUGAACCCUCGGCAAUGCCGUUGGCUGCCGCUGCUGCUGCUACCUGUACAGCAACAGCAGGCAGCAGCAGCACCGAUGCAGCAGCUACACCGGACGCAGAAACAGCUGCUGCACCUUGCAAAACAGCAGCAGCAAAAACAGCUGCAGCUUCAACCGGGCCUCACUCCCCACAAGCAGGAGUAGCAGCAACAACAGCAACAGCAGCAACUGCAACAACAACAAAUGCAGCAGCGAAAGCAGCAGCAGCAGAAGCUGAUGCAGGCGGCACAGUGGUAGUAGAUGUAGAAGACGACGAAGAAGAAGAAGAUUCUUUGCCGUUGUGCCCUCUUCGUGCUGCUCUCAAGAAAGUUUGGGGGUUUAAAGAAUUCAGAGAGGGACAGGAAGCGGCAGUCAGGGCCGUGCUCAGGGGUAAAGAUGCACUCGUCAUCAUGCCAACAGAUGCGCUGAAAACUACAGGCUGGCCGUGGAACCGUGAAGGACUGUUGUUGUGCUUGUCUGCUGGAACGCAAACCGCAACCCGAGGAGGGAAGUCGUUGACAUAUAUGCUGCCAGGUUUGCUGCUGGAGGGGGUGGUGCUGAUUGUCUCGCCUCUUAUAGCCCUCAUUGAGGACCAGCUUCGGCGUCUGCGGUCCAGGGGCCUCUCGGCGUUUUGUUUGAAUUCAACUUUAACCCCCAAACACAGACAAGAAAUCAUCGCCACCCUCCUCAACACCCAGCAGCAGCAGCAGCAGCAACAGCAACCGGGGCAGCAGCUGCGGCAGCAGCAGCAGCAGCAGCAGCAGAUACCAGGGCCAAUUAAGUUUUUGUUCGUUACCCCCGAGCAGAUAGCCACCUCCUCCUUCCAGGAUGUGUUACGGCAGAUGGAGCAGCAGAAGCAGCAAAAGAAGGGACAGAACAAAGAACAGCAGCAUCAGCAGCAGCAGCAGGAACAGCAACAGCAAGAAGAGCAGCAGCAGCAGCAGCAGCAGGGUGCAGGAGGGGGAGGGGUGGCGCUUGUGGCUGUCGACGAGGCUCAUUGCAUUUCAUCUUGGGGGCACGACUUUAGGGCCAGCUAUAGGCAAGUUGCUGCUGCUGUUGCUGCUGCUGCGGCUACUGCUGCUGCUGUUGUUGCUGCUGGCGCUGCUUCUGCUGCUGCUGCUUUCAGCGUUUCUGCUGUCGCCGCAACAGCAACAGCAGCAGUGCAGAAAGACAUCUGCAGCAGCUUAGAGCUAAAGGACCCGGUUGUUGUUCGUUUAUCUUUCAACAGGCCGAACAUUUACUAUGAAGUGCGUCUGAAGGGGCCCCCGCUUCGCGAGGGGGAGGAGGAGGCGCUGGGGUGUAUGGACAGAGAGGAAGAGACGGAGGCGGCAGCAGCAGAUUUAGCAGAAGAAAUAAAAACAAAUCACAAAGAUGAAUUGGCUUUCUAUCAAGAGUCGGGAAGGGCCGGGCGGGACGGCCAGCCUGCGCGCAGCAUCUUAUAUUUCUCUCCAUCAGACUAUAAGUUGUUGGUGUUUGUGCUGCAACAGCAGCGGGAACAGCAGCUGAAAGCUGCUGCUGCUGCUGCUGCUGCAGGCCGCCCAGCGAAAGACCUGCAGCAACUGAAGCGCGAUACAGCAGAACAGCAAGACAGAUUACUCCAAAAGUUGAACGCCUGUCUGUCUUACUGCCGCCUUGUGGGUUGCAGACGCAAGUACCUGCUGCAGCAAUUCGGGGAGGCUUACACCCCCGCUGCUGCAACUGGUGCUGCUGCGGCUGCUGCUGCUACAGCCGCAGCAGGAACCGUACGCUGCUGCGACAACUGCAGCAACCCCGCAGCAGCUCUGCGGCGCUCCGUCCUUCUAAACAAAAUGGAGGCCUCUGUUGCUGCUGCUUCUUCAGCACGUAAGGGCUUCUGGGAUGACGCAUCAGAUGCUCCUCUAGCCCCUCUAGAAAUAGAGAGGCAGGACGAGCCGGAUGCAGAUGCGGCAGGCCAAUGGCGGGGCUUCCGGGGGGCCCCCCGGGGGCCCCUACGGCGAGCGGGGGGCCCCCAUGGCGAGUGGAGCCGACAAGGAGGAGGGCGGGUGGUGUACAAGAACCCAACAGCAACCGCAAGACAAAUAAUCCCUGAAAGCGUUCGAAGGCAAGGACUGUCUGCCGUCAUGCUGGAAUUGGAAAAACGGGAACAGCAGCAAGAAAGCAACACCAGCACCAGCAAGAAGCACCAUGCGCUCUUUGCUGAAUUCCGGUCGGCCAGUAAGGUGAGUAAAACUGCGCUCCCAACAACAGCACCAGCACAAACAAACCCCCCAGCAGCAGCAGCAGCAAAGAGGCCCCUCAAGACACUGGGCCUCUGCCGCCCGCUUGGGCUGCAGCGAACUCGUCCAUCACCGUAG